UAAUAACUAUGAAUAAUUAAAUAAACGAGACGGACUUAACUACAAAUGGAACAAGGUUAAUUUGUCUUCUCCUGAAAGAAGAAAAUUGCAGUUUCUUCUUGUACUUCCAAUAUAAGACACAGUUUAGUGAAGUUGUUAUUCAAAUUUCAUUCUGUCAGUCGCAUCAUAAUCUCCAUGAUGUGGCGGUUCUGUACAUUAUUGAUAUUCGGAUUCCAAAUAUCGGUGAAUGGCCACAUGAAAAGAAGCAUAGAACUCAUAGCAGCUCAUGAAAUGGUGUCUCAAGAAAAACUAUCAGGCGACACAAUACCGACAUCCUAUCAUUUGUUCCUUCAACCCUUUCCUGCAGAUGGAUAUUUCGAGGGAACUGUCAGAAUAAACGUUAUGGUCAAUAAUAAAUCAGAUGUGAUCAUUCUACAUGCCGACCAGGACCUACAAAUUCACAACUACAAUAUAACACAGCUGUUGCCACCUGGAAAAAAGAUGGAGGGAACGAAAAUGGUUGGGAACGAACCGGAGUUGUACCAUCCAACACCAUUGAAGUUGAAAUCAUCCAAGAGAGUGAAAAACGGAUCACUCUUCAUAAUGGAACACGCAAGCCCAUUGGAACCAGGAGCCAAAUUACAAUUGUACCUCCAAUUCAGUGGCAAACUAUUCAACGAGACCUCCGAGGGUAUGUUCAGAAGUAGCUACGUGGACUCAGAUACCAAAACGAAGAAAUGGUUUGUGUCCACCCACAUGAGACCUGCCAUGGCCAGAAACGUUUUCCCUUGUUAUGAUGAGCCCAUGUAUAAGGUUCCGAUGGUUGUGUCGGUUGCCAGACUGAAAACUAUGACAGCAGUAUCGAAUAUGCCCCGCGAGUCAACCAAACCACAUGAAACAAUGGAUGACUGGGUCUGGGAUAUAUUCCGAAAAUCUCCUCCGAUGUCCACUUUUUCACUGGGGAUUGCUAUAUCUGAACUACGUCACCUAAGCUACAGAUUAUCAUCUGAUAAAAAUAUCCAUUUGAGAGUGUGGACACGUUCAGAUUUUAUCACUGAAGUGAAAAAUGUUUCUGAGAAAGUGGAGGCGUCUUUGGAUGUUCUAGAAAAAUUCUGGGGGUGUGCGUUCCCACUACCAAAACUAGAUAUUUUAGCUCUGCCAAAUUACAAAUCUAAAAGAUCUGCUGAUAGCUGGGGUGUAAUUUUACUCAACGAAAGUGACCUGAGCGAACAAGGGUCAUGGAUAAUAACUAAUGAGCUGGUUUAUCAAUGGUUAGGAUCCCUGACUAGUCCUCUCUGGUGGAGUCAUGCUCAUAUGAACCAUGUUUUGGCCAACUACGUCACGACAUAUGUUAUUAAAAAGUUGAAUAAACCAGAUCCAUCCAGAGAUUGGUACAUAUCAACGUUAUAUUCAGUAUAUUAUGAAUUCAGCAAAAGAUAUCCCUAUAGCAAUAACACUCAUAUAGAGCAUUAUACACAAUCUGAUAAGAAUGAAUUCGUUUUGAGAAUGCUGAAUUACACUCUAGGAGAAAAAACUUUCGUUCAUGGGAUGCAGAGAUUCAUGUCAGACAGAAAAUUUGAUACUUUCACUGAAGACGACAUUUGGACGAGUUUGAAUGAACAGGCCAGGGUGGAUAAAAAACUACCUCAAGCGAUAACAGUUAAUGAAAUCGCUGCUUCUUGGAUUUCAGUACAGAGAUUACCCUUAGUUACAGUUACAAGAAAUUAUCAGGAUAUGACAGCAUAUUUGAGACAGAAAGUUUACUUACGAGACCGGCCCCAUGACAUUCCAGACCAAGAAAAGUUGCUUUGGUGGAUACCAGUUGUGCUCGUUAAACAGGAUAAAAUGAACUUUGACGAUGGUACUCCCUAUACAUGGAUGAAAAAGGAGAGAGAAAUUCGAAUUGACAACUUGCCAGGAGACGAUUCAUUUAUCAUUGUUAAUCCAGAAGAAAUUGGUCCAUUUGUAGUCAACUACGACCAUCAUAACUGGGCCCUACUGUUGGAAUAUUUAUGCUCGGAAAAUCGUGAAAAUAUUCCAGUCCUAACAAGAACUAAACUAUUACAUGAUGCUUGGAACCUCGCAUAUGCCGGAGAUCUCAAUUUUGCCACAGCACUGAACAUGACAUUGUUCUUGAAGAAUGAAAGAGAAUUUGUCGUUUGGGAAAGAUUUUUCACGAUGAUUGACCAUGUCGGUAGACUUAUUGAUGGUUCUCCAGUACACACAAAAUUCCGGACUUACGUUAAAAUACUAUUAACAUCUCUCUAUGAAGAGUUGGGAAAAGAGCCUGAAAAGGGGGAGAGCGAUAAUAUAGCUAAUCUGAGGAGGGCCACGAAGAGAUGGUUGCUGUCGGCUGGUUACGAACCCCUAGUCAGAGAAGCACAAGAAUCUUUCAAACAAUGGAUAGAGUCGUCUGAUGAGAAAACACCUGGGCUCCACCAGAGUUAUCUUUGUCCUGUAUUCAAAUGGGGCACACUCAAGGAAUGGAACCUCGGCCUGGAACGAGUUUUACAAUUUCCUGCUACAGGAAAAUCUGAAGAUCGCUUUUACUUGCUCAAGAACUUGGCCGGAUGUUCAGUCGAUAGUCAAAAAAUAGAAAAGAUGCUGAAUAUAACUGUUUUGGAGCAAAAUGGGAAUUUCACAGAUGAGGACAUUUCUUUGAUAUUCGAUAUGCUGACGGCUGGUGCAGAUGGUUACAAGAGCCUGUUCAGUUUCUUGAGAAAUAAUUGGGAUAUCGUUAAAGUCAGGUUCGAAAAGAAACCGAACUUAUGGAAUACUCUCAUCGAUUCGGCAACAACUCUUUUCAAAACGCAAGAUGGGUUGGACCUGGUAUCCGAACUGUAUGUGGAAAAGCAGGGUGAAUUCGGAACAGCAGAAUCUUUGAUUAAGAAGGGCCUGAUCAAGAUCAAAGAAGAAACGAAAUGGAGCAACGAAAAUCUUCCAGUGAUGGAAAAAUGGCUGGAUCAGUAUAUUAAAACAAAUGAUGUUAGAAGUGUAUAGCUGAUCUUUCUGUACGUCGUCUUAUGAAUAAAUAUAUAUAUAUAUAUAUAAAAAUACAUUAACUUUAGAAACAGUUCCAAAGGAAAUCUUUCUAGGUGAGGUUGCAGUCAAAAUUUUGGCCUUAAUGAGAGGACUCUUUGUU